AUGGAUAAAGUGAUUGAAGCCAAGAGGCCGAUUUCUUUUCAUAUUAUACGCAUCACCCUUGUAGGAUGCCUUGGUAUAUUGCAAGUAAUCACUGCAUUUCAAAAAACUUGUCCAUCAAUUGUUGCAAUUGACAUGGCAAUGUCUUACAAUGUUGAAAAGCAUAGACUUGGUACUUUUGCAGCAUUGUACUUCUAUCCUUAUUCCGUUUUUCAAAUCAUUUCCGGCUUAUUAGUAGAUUACUUCGAUCCUGUUUGGGUUGUUACUAUAUUUGGAAUUCUUGCAUCAGCAGGAUCUGUUAUGUGUGGAUUUUCAAGGAAUUUGUUCGAAGGAAUUAUUGGUCGAAUAUUAGUUGGUAUCGGUACAGCUCCAGUUUUAGUCGGAGCGAUGAAGAUAUUCAGAAACUGGUUUAAGAAGAACCAAGUACCUAUUGCUUCCGGUAUUUUAAUGUGCCAUACUUGUAUCGGUGGCGUUUUAGCAGGAAAGCCAUUGUCCGACUUCUGUAAAUACCAUAGUUGGAGAAAGGCCUUUUACAGCAUUGGUGGUAUCGGUGCAUUUUUCUCAAUAUUAAUGGCAAUUGUUGCAAGAGGUCGUCCGGAGAGACAUGGAUUUGCACCAGUCAAUGAAGAAUCAAAGCCUACAGUCGAAAAGUCUGCAAAAGAAAGAGUUAUUCAAUUAUUUAUUAAUAUGUGGAAAAUUGUCAAAUAUCCGUAUUACUGGAUACCUGUUGCGUUCGUAUUAAUGAAUGUUGUACCAUUUAUCAAUGCAACAAGUCUUUAA